AUGCGCUCUAUCUCGCCCGCUCAGUCAUUUCAGCUCGGCGACGACCAAACGUACAUGUCGGAGCAAAGAGAGAUCCCGAGGAAGGCUAUAGGAAGCCCGCGAUCCAGGUCCUCAAGCAAUGCCUCGAUAAGUAGCGUGCGUUCCGCCAUAUCCGUCGCAUCGCGUCGCCCUUCUACCCCGGCGGCUCAGAUAUGCACCCCCGUGAGAGAGGAAGAGGAAUCGGGAUUCAGAUCCCCUACCCUAGCCAACCCCAGGAAGGAGGCGUCGCCCAAGAAGAGGGCAACGCCCGUGAACUCGCCCGUGAGGAGCGGAUCCGUCUCCAAGAACAAGGGCCGCAAGAAUAGCCGACAGAGCAACAGCAAGAAGCAACUGAGUGCUCGGAAACCGAGUCGAGGCAACUCGCGAUGGACAUUUACUGAGAACGUCACCGAGCUCUUUAGCGGGCAGCUCUUCAAAAAGGUGGAAGCCGAUGAGAUGUUGACGCCCGAGCAGGUCGAGGCGUACACCCGAAGGCGAGAGGCCAAAGCGGAGAUGGCGGAGAGGCGGGAGAUGGAUGCGCUCGAGGCGAUCCGGAGCAUCCUCGAAGAGGAAGAAGAUACCGAUGGCCCCGGAGGACCCUUUCACCUUGAGGAACUAGCUAGGAGGAUCGAGGAUGUCACUGCCGCCGGCGUGGCUGCCACCCAGCGCAGGAGGUCGCCGCCGAUCACGUCCGAUUUUACCAACGACGUGAUUCGCAGAGACUUUUCCGUGCGGAGAAAGCCAGUGCGCAGCGGCAGCGGCAGGGGCUUGAAAGUCUCGUCUCCCCUCUCACACCGGAAGCAAGCCCCAUUCCCAGUCUCCCAGCUAAAAACCCCGCCCGCUUCCUCGGCAGCCAUGUCCAAGCCCAAGCCGAGCCCCGGGUCUACUCCUUGCACGAUGACGAUGCCGGGCUUCCGCCACGGACCUAUCCGCAUUUCCAAGUCUGGGCUAGAAGUCAAGUUCGACGCCGAAAACACGCUGGAUUGGACGGCGUUUCAGAUGGCCAUCCUCGGCGGGGCAGGCGACUUCUUCUACGGUAGCGCGGAUUUCACGCCGCAGUACUCGGAGGAAGAGGAGGUGGCAGAUCUCAAGGAGUGGCUCGGGGAAAUGGGAUUUUCCAGCAUCGGCGCACUCAUCUCUUCGCAGCCAGUGGAGCGGCCAGAGGAUUCGGACGAAUCAUCGUCUAGCUCACCCAUUUCUACGACUUCGUCGUGCUAUGACGAGGGCGACGAGGCCGGGGACGAUGAGGAGGACAGCGCGAACCUGCCGAUUCCCGUAGCGCUCGACUAUCCCACGGGAUUCUGGAACGAGGGCAAGCCGGACACAUCCAAGUUCUCGAUAGGCGGUGGGUGCCAGAUCAAGCGGUGGACGGCGGAGGGCCACCCGAAGCGCUACAAUCGGGCGAGCUGCGCGAGUGAAAUUAGCCUACCGCAGAGCCCAAUGAUGCCGCUUGUGAUCAGUAGCCGUCUCGCGGCAAACUUGCAUAGCAGCUCGGGCGGGGCGGCCGCAAACGACCUCGAGGUGGUGCCGAUGGGAUACAACCUCGGACACGAUCUCGGGGAUUUCUUGAAGUGGGAGGCGGAGCACUGCUACGCUGCCGACUUUGAAGCAAGGGGUUGA